CGCGCGCGGUGGGCGUGGUGUGAGCGGUGGGAAAACAAACUGCAGACACCCGGAGAGAGACUUCCUCAGCCCGCAUCAGUUGAGUAGUUUCACCCCGCUCCUCCCCUGCGGCUCUCCGUCCUCGGGUCGUGGAAUAACCUCAGAGCCCAGUCCAAAGUGUUCUGGAGCCCGGCGACGCACCUCCGACCCCCCCACCCCACUUCUGAUUUCCAAAUGGGGGUCGCGGACCGCAGCGGGGAGAGGCGAGCACCGACAGCCCUGUGAGGAGCAGGCAUGUCCUCCCGCUGACAAGCUGCACUUGUUUUCACAGCGAGAAGCGGCAGCAGGCAGAGGACGCAGGCAAACAUGAGCGGUGGAGAAAUCAUCUGCCAAGGCUGGCUGAGGAAGUCACCGCCGGAGAAAAAGCUUAGGAGAUACGCCUGGAAGAAGCGCUGGUUCAUACUGCGGAGCGGCCGUAUGAGCGGUGACCCCGACGUGCUGGAGUACUACAAGAACGACCACUCGAAGAAGCCCAUCCGAGUCAUCGACCUGCACUGCUGCGAGCAGGUGGACGCCGGCCUGACCUUCAAGAGGAAGGAGUUCCAGGACAGCUUCGUCUUUGACAUCAAGACGUCGGACCGCAUCUUUUACCUGGUCGCCGAGACUGAGGAGGAGAUGAACAAGUGGGUCCGCUCCAUCUGCCAGCUGUGUGGUUUCAACCAGUCAGACGAGAGUCACGACAGCCGAUUGCACCAUAUGCCUCGAUCUGUUGGACCAGAUGUCGCCGGCUCCGCGGCCCCCGUGAGCGCAGAGCGCAAGUCGUCGGCGCCCGUCCACUCCAGCCAGCCGGUGCUCUUCACCUUCGACGUGCCCGUGCGCCACUCGCACCACGGCUCCCUGUCCAACAGCGCGCCUCAGGACUACCUCCUCCUCCACCAGUGCAUGAGCCGGAAGACGGAGAGUGCACGAAGUGCCAGUUUUUCCACACGAAGCAAUAUGUUCGUCGGGAACGACUCUCCCGUGCAGAAACUUUCCUACGGUUUUUCACACUGUCUGAACGGCACGGGUGCUCAGCUGCACGGCUUCUACAGCCUCCCCAAACCUGGAAAGCAUCACUUGUCGGUGCACGACGACUCCCUGCAGGAGGCCUGCUACGUUCUCCCGCGCGGCUACAGCUCCGAGGCGCCGUCCCACAGCGCUCUGGGCGAUUCCGACUUCGAGAGCGAGGAGGUGUACACCUUCAAAACCCCCUGCAACGCCCUCGCCACGACGCACGGCAGCGAGCGGUCGCCUGACAACUACGACUUCCCCACGACCCCCGGCUCCUUCUAUCAGAUCCCCCGAACGUUUGAUAAGAAUCACAACUCCUUGACUCCCUCCAGCUCCGAGUCCUCCUGCGCUCCUCCACCCAGGCCGCCCAAACCCAGCCAGGGAUCUGAGGGGCAGUGGGGCAGUCCCCAUUCUGCAGGGAGCCAGAACGGAGACAUGACGUCUUCUGUGUCGACCAUCCCGCGCAGGAAUACUCUUCCUGCUGUGGAGAACAUCAGGCUGCACAGAGGCUCCUCCUUUGAAAUCAACAGCCACCAUCGUCUGUUUCAUUUCAACAACUCAGGCCAGUCUGUGGAGUCUGUUAACGAUGGCUUCAGUUCGUACCUGAGAACCCCCACCCCUCUGACUCGCUCAGACAGUGGAAACUCCGACGACAACUACGUGCCCAUGAACCCCGGCUCGUCGCCGCUCAGCGCCGCCCAGGCUGACAGCCCGAAGAACAACUACAUUCCCAUGAGCCCCGGGCCGCAUCAUUUCGACUUCCCGGGGUUCUCUGCGACGUUACCCGCCCGUAAGGGGAGCAGUGCCUCCUUGUGCCACCGACCCGGUCGCCUCAGUGACGUCACGCCGCCGCCCAUCAACCGAAACCUCAAACCUAACAGGAAAUCAAAGCCAACGCCUCUCGACUUGAAGAACAAUGGGAUCAUUGAUGAGCUGCCGUAUAAGAGCCCCGUCACCAUGUCUUGGACACGGCCCAUGCCUGCUGUGAACUCCUCCCAACCCUGCCGACCCAUCUCCACACAAAGCAUCACCAGCACUGACUCUGCAGAGAGCGAGGAGAAUUACGUGACUAUGCAGAAUCCAGGACCUACCUCCCCGGCCGUGAGCGGCACCAGCAGCCCAGCCUCUCGCAAGUGUAGCAACGUGGACUACUUAGCCUUGGACUUCCAGCCCGGCUCACCCAGCUCACAUAGAAAACCCUCCACAUCCUCUGUGACAUCUGACGAGAAGGUGGACUACGUGCAGGUGGACAAGGAGAAGACCCAGGCACUGCAGAACACCAUGCAGGAGUGGACGGAUGUGCGGCAGUCUACUGAACCUGCCAAAGGAGCCAAGUCCUGACACUGACUUGUACUAAAAAAAGACCAAAAACUGAACUCCAUUCUUAAGUCAAGCGUCUCCAGUAUUAUGCUUGUAUCACUACCAUAAAUACUAUUGGGCCUUGUUUUAAGACUUGCAUUGUUUUUGGUAAGAAGCCAUAAAUAUCUCAUGCCUGUUCUCUCCAUGAUCACCAUUACUGCAGUGCACUGCUUGCAUGCAGAGGAUCAGGCCAUAAAGGUAAUAAGCCCUGCCAAAGCUUCAAACCCAGACUGUUAGAAGAGUAGAAGACAACGUGCAUCAUCCUGUCAGUCCAAUCUUCAGAAAUACUUUGUAUGAUUAAAGCUGUCACCGUUCAUUUAGCCUACAUUUAAAAAGAGCAACAUUUGUCUAACUGGUUAAUAUUUACCACACUGUGACAGUUUGCUUACAGGUCUCAGGAAAGCAAAGAAUCUGUCCACUCCUGGCACGCUGGCAGACUUUCUCCUUCACUUCAUCCUGUCAUUCUGUGUCAGUCCUGCAAGAAGCAGGGAGAGGGAUGAUUUUCACUGUGAACGCUUGUUUCAGCUUAACAGUGCAUGUCUGCUAGGAGCCAGGCGGGGGGGGCGGGGAAAUAGCCAUUCGAAUAUGCAGAGGCCUGCGUCCGAAUCCUUAAUGAUAACUGCACACAACUGUUGCCUUGGUUUCAUUUAGGUUUGAGCCCAAACCACACUUAAGAGCUGCCAGGUUGGAUGGCAGGCUAAUUAUUUUAGUGCAGUUAUCAAGUCAUUAAUGUACAGAAUGAUGAGAAGAAGACAGCAGACUUCUUUCUAAAGUGGAUUUUAGAUAUAAAAUGCAUUUUUAAAUAAAUGUUCACUGACUAAACUGAAUUUAAAAAGAAAAAAACAAGAACUCUCUCUCUCUCUCUCUCUCUCUCUCUCUCUCUCUCUCUCUCUCAAAGUGAAUGAAGACGUUUUUGUCUCAUAAAUUUGUCUUCAGGCACUGAAAAGUAACUGUAUGUAAAUUACUAACACAAUUACAAAUAUUUAAGUGCUUCUUGUUGACUAAAGUUGAUGCACUCGUCGAAGACAAAAAGUGCGCAGCAGUAAUUGACGUGGCAGCCUGCCAGAUGAGAGGAAGUCUUUGAUUUAUAUUUCAGUUUUUGUUCGGCCUGUCGAUUUAGCCUUCUGAAAAUUAAAUUAUUCAGAAUGG